UGCAGCAUCUGGCCAGUGGGAAAGGAAAGAUGGCGGCUCACUGGAGCAGCGAGAAUGUGGUGGUGGAGUUCCGAGACUCGCAGGCGACGGCGAUGUCGGUGGACUGUCAGGGGCAGCUGGCGGUGCUGUCUGGCCGCCGCUUCCUGUACAUCGUGAGCCUGGAGACCCCCAACGAGGGCACCAGAAAAAUAUCCCGGCAAAGCAAGUGGGACAUUGGUACGGUGCAGUGGAACCCCCAUGAAAGCUACGCUCACUUCUUUGCUGCUUCUAGUAACCAGCGGGUCGACCUGUAUCAGUGGAGGGACGGUAGUGGAGACAUCGCCACCUCCUUGCAGGGACACACGCGGGUCAUCAGCGACCUGGACUGGUCAGUGUAUGAGCCGGACAUCCUGGUCACCAGCUCUAUCGACACCUACAUUUACAUCUGGGAUGUCAAAGACACAAGGAAACCAGUAGUCUCCCUGUCUGCUGUAGCUGGGGCCUCACAGGUGAAGUGGAACAAGAAGAACACAAAUUGUCUCGCCACGAGUCACGACGGGGACGUCCGGAUCUGGGAUCGGAGGAAACCCAGCACCGCAGUGGAGUACAUCGCUGCCCACCUGUACAAGAUCCACGGACUCGACUGGCAUCCCGACAAUGAAUACAUCCUGGCCACAUCAAGCCAAGACAACUCUGUCAAGUUCUGGGAUUCACGGCACCCACGGAAGUGUCUCAGUGUCUUGGCGUGUCAGGUGCCGGUGUGGAAAGCACGUUACACGCCCUUCAGCAACGGCCUGGUCACGGUCAUGGUGCCCCAGCUGCGCAGGGAGAACAGUCUCCUGCUCUGGAAUGUCUACGACCUUCAUUCCCCGGUGCACAUCUUUGUGGGACAUGACGACGUGGUGCUCGAGUUCCAGUGGAGGAAGCAGAAGGAAGGGCUAAAAGACUGUCAGUUGGUGACUUGGUCUCGAGACCAGACGCUGCGGAUGUGGAGGGUGGACGCUCAGCUUCAGCGGCUAUGCGCCAAUGAUAUCAUGGAGCCCGUUGAUGAACUGAUGGACGGAUCCUUGAUGCCAGAGCAAGACAAGUCCCUGCAACCCCAAGACCAAAUGUCCAUGCCCUCAGAAGAAGAGGUGGGGUUUGAUGAAGAGUCGCCCUCCACACCCAUAGUGAUCGGAAAUGCCGAGCAGCUGGGCCUCCCUCAGACGCUUCAGCAGGAAUUCUCCUUGAUAAAUGUGCACAUCCGUAACGUCAACAUCGAGAUGGAUGCUAUGAACCGGAGCUGCACGGUGUCUGUCCAUUGUGGGAACCACCGGGUGCGUAUGGUCGUCAUGUUCCCUGUCCAGUAUCCCAAUAACGCAGCGCCGUCCUUCCAGUUUGUCACCCCUACGACAAUCACCUCGGCCAUGAAAGCGAAGCUGCUGAAAAUCCUUAGAGACACAUCCCUGCAAAAAGUCAAGCGCAACCAAAGUUGUCUGGAGCCAUGUCUGCGCCAGCUGGUCUCUUGUCUGGAGAGCUUUGUGAACCAGGAAUCUAGUCCAUCAAGCCACCCCUAUACCUUGCAAAAUCCUGUCACUCCACCACUGCCAACAUUUGCCCGGGUGACCAAUGCCUAUGGGUCUUACCAAGAUUCCAACAUCCCAUUUCCCCGAACCUCUGGUGCUCGCUUCUGUGGAGCAGGUUAUCUGGUUUACUUCACUCGGCCCAUGACUAUUCACCGCGCCAUCUCGCCCACCGAACCCACCCCAAGGUCUCUCUCUGCCCUCUCCGCCUAUCACAGCGGGGUGAUCGCACCCAUGAAAAUCCGCACCGAGGGUCAAGGGAACCUGCGGCUUUACAGCGGGAGUCCGACACGUAACGAGAAGGAGCAAGUGUCCAUCAGUUCUUUUUACUACAAGGAGAGGAAAUCACGUCGAUGGAAAUCCAAAAGAGAGACCAACGAAUCCGGCUCUCGACCAAUCAAAGCGGCCGGAAAAGUCAUCAUCCAGGACAUCUCAUGUUUACUGUCAGUGCACAAGGCCCUGGGAGAACUGUACAUAUUGAACCGCGGUGAUCUCCAGGAGAUGUGUCAGAAGAACGCCGCCUCCGCCCUCAGCGUGGGCCGCAGGGAUCUGGUGCAGGUUUGGGCUCUGGCGGCUGCUUCAAGUGACUUGUGUCUUACUCCUAAGUCUGACCCGGAUAAUGAGGCCCCUUGGGCCCGACACCCGUUUGGCCGCCAGCUGCUGGAAUCAUUACUGGCCCAUUACUGCCAUUUGCACGACGUUCAGACCCUCGCCAUGUUGUGCAGUGUUUUUGAUGCCAAUCUGCAGCUUCAGAGCAGUGGACAGUCCACCUGCCAUCCUUUUCCAUCACGUCCCGCCCACAGCCGCUACCCCAGCAUCACAUCCUCUGGCUCUGGAUCUAACAUCUCUGACCCUGGCUUCAGUAACAGCGGCUGGAGCGGCAGUGGUCAUGAUGGAGAGCACGGUGUUCCUUGGGGCGACGCUUCACCUGAUGAAUACCGCUACAGUAAUUUAGGUUACGUGGAUCCCCGGGAGCGUGAGAGAGAGCAGCAUGACAAGAACAAGAGAAUCCUCGACCCAGCAAAUACUCAGCAGUUUGAUGACUUUAAGAAGUGUUAUGGGGAAAUCCUGUAUCGCUGGGGUCUUCAAGAGAAACGAGCAGAAGUUCUGAAAUUUGUGUCCUGUCCUCCUGAGCCUCAUCGGGGCAUCGAAUUCGGGGUGUAUUGCAGCCACUGUCGCAGCGAGGUGCGAGGAACACAAUGCGCGAUCUGUAAGGGAUUCACCUUCCAGUGUGCCAUCUGCCAUGUCGCCGUCCGGGGCUCUUCCAACUUCUGCUUGCGUUGUGGACAUGGUGGGCACACGGCUCACAUGCUGGAAUGGUUCAGCUCGCAGGAGGUCUGUCCCACUGGCUGCGGCUGCCACUGCCUUUUGGAGAGCACCUUUUAAUGUUCCUGAAUUCACAGGUAGCUCCACACAAAUGCUAUCCUUGCCAAAGCCCAUGAUGGCGCCACCUUUAGGUGACGCAGAGAACUGCACGCCAGUACAGUGGACAUGUCCUGGAUUAUGUACCGCGUCCACGAGGCCUUUGUUCUUUGUCUUUAUGGAUGUGGCUCCUCCGGGGUGAGUUUUCCACAUAAGAGAACCUGAUGCCAUCACUCAAAGGGGUCUUCACCUUCGUGACUUUUAGCCAGGCCCAGCCCGAGGCCACUGUCUUUAAGAGCCCCUUUAAUAUUAUUUUUUCCCCCCUUUUGAUCUCAUCUACCUCUUUUUCAUGUCUGAUGGUUCCUCUCAGACACUGCCACUUACCUGAAUUUCUAUUGGACUGAGCUGACCAUAGAUAGGUCCACAGAUUGGGCACCACAUAGCACCUGUUCUCCAGACCCCUCCCCUUAAUUAGGCCCCUCCCCUUUCCAGGUGCACAGCCAUUAUUCCAUGAUCCUCUUUUUCUCACUGGUUGUUUAGUUGCUUGUAGUUUAUGACCAUUCUGUCCUUGCACAGAUUUGCUGCUGAGCAAAUGCCUAUACUUUCCAACCAUUUUGAAAAAGCAAAGCUGCAGUGUAAAGCAUAAGGUUUGGAGCAGAAUAGCAGUCGUAGCCUCUUAUAAGACUGGAGGUUGUGCUCAGAACACUUCAGAUUAGCUGGAGUGUCUCAGCACAGAUAUGCCUUAAUAGAGCAGAGCUGCAGUGUAAAGCAUGAUUCUGCUUGAGAUGGCAGGUGUAUUUCAGAUUACCUUUGACUCCAGUAGACAUUGCAGCUGAUCAGGAAUCAUUGGAGUAAAGUGGACAUGAAGAAAAUGACUUUCAAGAAGUUGGUCAUUGGGUUAGUUUUUCAGAUCCACCUACAUUAAUGGAGAUCUGAGUGAUCGCCCUCCAUCUAUACGGCUGCCAUUGUCUUCUGCUGCCGUAGUUUACCGAAUGUGAUAAAAAAUGAUUUAUUUAUAUAAGAAAUGUGAAAAAUAAAAUAAAUGCCGCCG